AUGAGUGCGAUAUUGACAGAUCGGCAAGCCGAGGAACUGAACAAGGCCAUAGUGGCAUACUUGGGCGUGAUAGGCGCCUCCAAAACAGCGGAAGCGUUUCGGGCGGAGGCGAACAUAUCAGCUAGCUUCGACGAUGCCACCCGGAAGAAGUACGAGGGGCUGCUGGAGAAGAAAUGGACCAGCGUAGUGCGGCUGCAGAAGAAGGUGCUGGAGCUUGAACAGCGAAAUACCAGCCUCCAGGGCGAACUAGACUCCACAACGCCCACCUCGCUCCUCCGCAAGAACCAAGAUCCAACGAGCUGGCUACCUCGGGCGCCGGCGCGCCAUACUCUUCAGUCACAUCGCUCGCCGAUAACCUGUGUUGCCUUCCACCCUAUCUUCUCUUCUCUCGCUUCUGGCUCGGAGGACACCACUAUCAAGAUAUGGGACUGGGAAAUGGGCGAGCUCGAACGGACGGUAAAGGGACAUACGAAAGGCGUGCUAGAUGUAGAUUUCGGCGGGCCGAGGGGAGGAACGCUGCUUGCGUCUUGCUCCAGCGACCUGACCAUAAAACUCUGGGAUCCGUCCGACGAAUACAAGAACAUUCGCACACUUCCGGGACACGAUCACUCUGUUUCCGCCAUCCGAUUCAUUCCUAGCGGGGCCGCAGGCUCACCUUCGUCCGGCAACCUGCUCGUUUCGGCAUCACGAGACAAGACCUUAAGAAUAUGGGAUGUCACAACAGGAUACUGUGUCAAGACCAUACGAGGGCACGCAGACUGGGUGCGAGAUGUCGCUCCAAGUUUCGAUGGGCGAUGGCUACUCUCCGCGGGUACUGAUCAAACCGCGCGUCUGUGGGAUGCCAGCUCUGGCGAAGCGAAAUGCACAUUUCUGGGCCACGAACACGUUAUCGAAUGCGUUGCGAUAGCACCACCGGUCUCGUACGCGAAUCUCACCUCGCUCGCAGGUAUAAAGAAGCCACCGCCAAUCAGCAGCUCCGCCGAAUUCGUUGCCACUGGCUCACGAGACAAGACGAUAAAAAUCUGGGACGGGCGAGGAACACUCAUCAAGACGCUUGCCGGUCACGAUAAUUGGGUUCGCGGACUUGUCUUUCACCCCGGUGGGCAAUAUCUGCUUUCCGUGAGCGACGACAAGACGAUACGCUGCUGGGACCUCAAGCAAGAAGGUCGUUGCGUGAAGACGGUUUCGGACGCACAUUCGCACUUUGUCAGCUGCAUCCGAUGGGCGCCAAACGUCGUCAAGGACGUACCCACAAAUGGAGACGCAGCGAACGGAGCCGCAGUGAACGGGAUAAACAAGAAGAAAGAGGAAGAAGCUGCUAAAGCCGGGAUAAGAUGCGUUAUAGCGACCGGGAGCGUGGAUCUCAAUGUUCGAAUAUUCGCUUCCUGA